CUGAGCCUGGGGGUUAGGGGGUAAGAAGACAGCUGAGAGGCUGGCGGAGGAGCCGAGAAGAGUUUUAAAAUAAUAAAAAAUAAACUUUCAGCAACACAAUGCGUGAAAUAGUUCAUAUACAGGCCGGACAAUGUGGCAACCAGAUCGGAAGCAAGUUUUGGGAAGUGAUAAGCGAUGAACAUGGUAUCGACCCGGAGGGCAGUUAUUUCGGAGAUUCUGACUUGCAGCUGGAGAGGAUUAAUGUCUAUUAUAACGAAGCGACCUCGCAGAAAUAUGUCCCCAGGGCCAUCUUAUUGGAUUUGGAGCCGGGGACAAUGGACAGUGUCCGAUCGGGUAAUUUGGGACAUCUUUUCAGACCCGAUAACUUCAUCUUCGGACAAACUGGUGCAGGAAAUAACUGGGCCAAAGGACACUACACGGAAGGUGCUGAACUGGUUGACUCUGUGAUGGAUGUACUGAGAAAAGAAUGUGAGAAUUGUGACUGCCUGCAAGGGUUUCAACUCACCCACUCGCUGGGAGGUGGCACAGGCUCUGGAAUGGGCACUCUCCUCAUUAGCAAGAUCCGUGAAGAAUAUCCUGAUAGAAUCAUGAACACCUUCAGUGUCAUGCCAUCUCCGAAAGUAUCAGACACUGUUGUUGAGCCUUAUAAUGCCACGUUGUCAGUUCACCAGUUAGUUGAGAACACAGAUGAAACUUACUGCAUUGACAACGAGGCCCUGUAUGAUAUCUGUUUCCGUACUCUCAAACUCACCACUCCAACAUAUGGAGAUCUGAACCAUCUGGUGUCCGCAACCAUGAGCGGAGUGACCACAUCUCUGCGGUUCCCUGGCCAGCUGAACGCGGAUCUGAGGAAACUGGCUGUGAACAUGGUGCCCUUCCCUCGGUUGCACUUCUUUAUGCCUGGUUUUGCCCCUCUGACUGCCCGGGGCAGUCAACAGUACCGCACUCUUUCAGUCGCUGAGCUCACCCAACAGAUGUUCGAUGCCAAAAACAUGAUGGCGGCCUGUGACCCACGUCAUGGACGUUAUCUGACUGUUGCCACUGUGUUCCGAGGUGCCAUGUCAAUGAAGGAAAUAGAUGAGCAGAUGCUUGCAGUUCAGAACAAGAACAGCAGCUACUUUGUGGAAUGGAUUCCCAACAACGUCAAAGUGGCCGUUUGUGACAUUCCACCCCGGGGACUCAAAAUGGCCUCCACCUUCAUCGGGAACAGUACAGCCAUUCAAGAGCUCUUCAAACGAAUCUCUGAACAGUUUUCAGCCAUGUUCCGUAGAAAGGCUUUCCUGCACUGGUUCACUGGUGAAGGAAUGGACGAAAUGGAGUUCUGUGAAGCUGAAAGCAAUAUGAAUGACCUGGUGUCCGAGUACCAGCAAUAUCAAGAUGCAACAGCUGAUGAAGGUGAGGAUUUUGACGUGGAUGAGGAAGAACUGGAUGAGGCUCAGUGAAACAACUGAUACUUGUCAAAAUGUUGACAAAUGCAAAACAUUGAAAAGUGUUUUUUUUUCUCUCUGGGUUAAGAUAUAAUACUCUCUCUAAAGUUACUUUUGUCUAUCACCAAAGUGCCUUUGUCAAUGUGAUUUAACAAUUGUAAGAAACUGAAGUUCAAUGAAUAUUGAUCCACUAGUUACUUCCAAUGAACAAGAUGGCAAUUGUUUUGUAUUAGAUUCAAUUAAAAAGCUACAAUGUU